AUGACUGGCAAGGCGCUCACUGAUGUUGCUUGUGUGGUAUGGGACAUUGCCAACAAAGUAAUGGCGGUCAAGACCUACACAGCAGAGAGAAAGCCUAACUCCGACGGGAAGCCUGAUGCCAUUGCUGAUUGGACUCCAUCGGAGGAAAAUGUCCAGGUACCGAUGCCUAUGUGGGAUCCAACGAGCCCAGAUGCGGAGAUGCCUGAUUUCUUGACGCCUGAUCUUCACGGCGACGGCCUCUCAGACUUGAUCAUACCGUAUCAGAACGCCAGGGGAAUGCUCGAGCUUUUCCUCUCACAGACAAAUGGUGCUAGGCUGGCUGCGGUUCAAGAAGUCAAGCAGACCAACUUUCCCUGGGUAGUAAAGUCCAAGUUCAUGGCCAUGGACAUAACUGGAACUGGCGUCGCUGACGUUGUCCAAAUCUUCCCCAAUGGCCAGAAUCUGUCCUUUCGCAACUUUCCAGGAGUUACCAAUGAGAGUAAUUCUGGAAGCAUCGGACUGGCAGAUGGCAUCCAGACAGAUACCACCUACGGCUUCGAUAACACGAUUGGUUUCUCCUGA